UGUCUGGAAGCUAGCUUAGCUAUCGUUAGCACGGCUAGCAGCUGUCAAGCCCCCAGCGCUGAGUGAAACGUGUGGGGUUGGUGCACAGGGUCCAUGUUUUUAGCUCGCUCACUGGUCAGGAUGUCGGGGCACAAUCCUUUGUUGAGGCUGGAGCAGCGAGCAGCUGAGGCUGACCAGAUCAUCGAAUACCUCAAACAGCAAGUCCAGCUGCUUAAGGAGAAAGCCAUGGUUCAGGCCAGCUUCAGAGAGGAGAAGAAACUGAUGGUGGAGAAUGCCAAAUUGAAGAAUGACAUUGAGGAACUGAAAAAACAGCUGCUGGAAAAAGAAAAGAAGAGAGGAGUGCAAGAAGUGGCUAUGCCAACAGGUGAGACCAUUGUUGAGUGCAGUUCGAAGCCCACCCCACCGAAAACCUCAGGCCCAGCACCUUCUGCCUCUCCUGCUGAGGCUGUCCAGAGUCCUGCUCCAAAAGACGAGGGUAAAAAGAAGAAGCCAGAGAAAAAAGGAGGUGAGAAAGCUGAGAAGAAGCAGGCAGCCCCCAGCCAAGAGGACGCCAAAGUGGACGUAUCUCGUUUGGACCUGCGCAUUGGACGUAUAAUCACAGCAGAGAAACAUCCAGAUGCUGACAGUCUGUAUGUGGAGCAGGUGGACGUGGGGGAAGCCUCUCCUAGGACUGUGGUCAGCGGGCUGGUUAAGCACAUACCCCUGGACCAGAUGCAAAACCGCAUGGCAGUUCUGUUGUGUAACCUGAAGCCAGCCAAGAUGAGAGGAGUCGUGUCCCAGGCCAUGGUCAUGUGUGCAAGUUCACCAGAGAAGGUGGAAAUCCUUGACCCUCCAAGCGGCGCAGUACCAGGAGACAGAGUCACUUUCCAGGGCUUCGCAGGUGAGCCAGACAAAGAGCUGAACCCCAAAAAGAAAAUUUGGGAGCAGGUUCAGCCAGACCUGCUCACAGACGGCCAGUGUGUUGCAACCUACAAGGGAGCUGCCUUUGAAGUCGCCGGUAAAGGAGUGUGCAAAGCCCAAACCAUGAGCAAUAGCGGAAUCAAGUAAAAGAACCAGGCUGUUUGAAAUAACUCAGUGUUUACUUGGCAGUCAUCCUCAGUGAUGAUGAUGAUGAUGAUGUGUUGCAGAACUGAUCAGUCAUGAAUGAAUCUGUUCAAUAAAAGAAUUUGAAAGUGA